GUUUUCAGGCAAGUAUAUAUUUUAGGAAUACUUUUUUUUUCAGGCAAAGAAGGGGUGCGGUACGUUGAGAGGUUUUAUGCGUCAUCGCUUGUGGCUUAUGUUUUGCACAGGUGCCCUAGAAAAGCACGUGUAUAUAAUAUUAAAGAACGGCAAGACGUUUGCACACUGAAUUGUAAGAAUACUAUUAUGGCUGUCAAGAUGAAUAGGGAGGUUAGUGCAGUACUGUCUAGAAAGUGUUUUUCAGAUGGUAUUUCUUACUUUAGCAUUUUCAGCACUUUGUGGUUUAUUCAUCACGAAAUAUAUGAUGUACCAGGAAACAAAGAGGGCAUUAUAGACAUUACUUCGGAAGGGCCAUCACUUGUUGCUUAUCCUGGAGCUGCUGAGGUUGGAAAAGUUAAUCUUUUCGAUGUAAGUAACAAUUCACCAUUUACAACGAUUUCUGCUCAUAAAAGCCCACUUGCGACGGUACGGUUUAAUUCCACUGGUACAUUUAUUGCAACGUCUUCUACGAAAGGAACUGUCAUUAGGGUUUUUAAUGUUGAAAGUGGUGACAAGUUUUAUGAGUUCUCCAGAGGUGUUAGCCGGUUAGUUUUGAUGACUUCUUUGGACAGUAAAAAAUUUUUUGCUUUUACUGACUACAGUUUUUCAUUAUUUAUUAUUUUUUUAUACGUUUAUUUGUGGUACUUCUUCAAACUACUGGAGAGAGGACUUUGCUUCACAAAGCAUGCACAUUUUCUUCUAUAUUCCGCAUUCUUAACGUCAAUACGAAUGGGAAACAAAGUACAAUGUUGUCUCGGAUUAUGA